CAACGCUAAAUGUCAGAUUUUCUGGCAAAACACUUCAACAAAACAAACUAAAAGCACUUAAUCACUCAUAUUUUUUACGAAAAUUUCGUGAAAUUCCAGUAUCAUUUUUGCAAACUAACAAGUUUGAUAACAAUUAUCCAAACACAUAAUUUUGGCAACACUACUAUACCGUACUGGAAUAUCAAAAUGAUUUCAGGAUGAUUAGAAACGAGAUUUGGAACAAUGUCAUCACAAACCGAGAAAGCAAUUCGUUUCAGACCAUCGGCCAGAGUUCUGUUCAGUUCAGAGGGCAACAUAGAGGACUUGCUGAAAAAUGACAAAAGUGAAAUGCCUCCACAGGAGACUGAAGAUAAGUUACCUAGCAUAUGGUCUUUCUUGAAUAUAGAGUUGACUAGAGACUAUCAGUUGGAAAAUGCUGAGGAACGGUUCUCAGCCAGAAGAGAAAUCAUCUACUCUUUUAUGAGAAUACCAAAAGAGGUUGAAAGAUUCAUGCGCUAUGGUCUGAUGCAAUGUGCAGACUCUUUUCUAUAUGUCUAUACAUUCUUACCAAUGAGGGUGAUAUUGGCUUUGUGGGCUUUAGUUACUAGACCAUUUUCAAAAUGUUUUGGCUUAGGUGACAAGAAAAAUAAACGUGUGUUAACCCCAGCUGAAAUAUGUGAUUUACUCAAGGCUGUUAUAAUUUUAGUUUGUAGUAUUUUGAUGCUAUACAUUGACACAAAUAUGCUGUACCAUCUGAUAAAGAGCCAGUCAGUCAUUAAAUUGUAUAUGUUUUAUAAUAUGCUGGAAAUAGGUGAUAGGUUGUUUUCAGCAUUUGGCCAAGAUGCUAUUGAUGCUCUAUUUUGGACAGCAACUGAACCUAGAGGGAGGAAAAGGGAGCAUCUGGGUACUUUGCCACAUCUGGUUUUUGCCAUUGUAUAUGUGGUUCUUCAUAGCAUUCUAGUCCUCUUUCAAGCAACUACCAUCAAUGUUGCUAUUAAUUCCAGUAAUAAGACCCUGAUGACAAUCAUGAUGUCUAAUAAUUUCGUAGAGCUCAAAGGUAGCGUAUUCAAGAAAUUCGACAAGAACAACCUGUUCCAAGUGUCCUGCAGCGACGUCAGGGAGAGGUUCCACUUAUCCAUCCUGCUGUUCAUCGUCAUCCUGCAAACAAUGCGCGAGUACAGCUGGAAAUCUGAAAGAUUCUGGAUAAUGCUGCCCGACUGCAUCGUUAUCCUCAUAGCGGAGAUGUUCGUCGACUGGAUCAAACAUGCUUUUAUAACGAAGUUCAACGAGUUAAACCUGGACGUGUACAGGGACUACACGACCAGCUUGGCUUACGACGUGGCCCAAACUAGGCAGAAGCACGCCUUCUCUGACCAGUCGGAUCUGGUUGCUAGGCGGAUGGGGUUCAUCCCUUUGCCUCUGGGGGUGGUUACUAUAAGGGUGCUGCUGCAUUCGGUGAAGAUAGAGGAUCUACCGACUGUCUUAGUUUGCGUCGUGGCGUAUCUGUCGUUUGCCUCUUUCAAGGUGUUGAACAGUCUGCUGAUCUUGUCCAAAGCUUGCGAUUUGAUAACGCAGCACAAACUGGACAAGUCGACUUUGAAUUCUCCCAGCAACAAUAGGUGUGCCAGUCCUCUGCAGCCGAUCAAAAACAGAAUCGAUAUGGCGACUAGUCCCUUGCAUCCUGUGGUCGAUCAACCGAGUAGCCAGUUGACCAAUGGGUUUCCACCUUUGGACUGUAAGGGCGACAAAAACGAUCAUGGCGCGUCACUACCUGGAGAUUUAGGACCAUCGGCGAUUUUCGCGAAUAGCAAUGUGGAUUUGAAAAAUGCCAGUCUGAACGAAGAGCUGUUGAAGGUGGAUGGGGAGGACAUAAGAAUGGAGCAGGUGAAUGAUGACGUCACUAGGAGCUUUCCCAACAUCCAGAGCGAGUUGUCGGACCAUGACAGAAUCGAGACCGUCGAGGAUACCUUGAAGAGGUCCGAAUCGGAACCGAAUUUGAAUAAAACUGAUAGUGAGAGUACUCCAAAGUAACACAAAUAUGGGUAUUUAUAAUGUUGUUUUAUUGUUAUUUGGAUUUAUUAUGAAAAAAUACAUCUAUUUAUUAUAUGACAUUUUUU